CGCAGCGGCCAGGGCUGGGCCCCGAGCAUCUGAGAGGAGACUGUGGAGACCACGAGCACCCUGGGGCCACCCCGGCCUGUGGGGGCUGCAGGCACCAUGAGUGACGUGGCCAUUGUGAAGGAGGGCUGGCUGCACAAGCGAGGGGAGUACAUCAAGACCUGGCGGCCGCGCUACUUCCUCCUCAAGAAUGAUGGCACCUUCAUCGGCUACAAGGAGCGGCCGCAGGACAUGGACCAGCGUGAGUCCCCUCUCAACAACUUCUCUGUGGCACAAUGCCAGCUGAUGAAGACGGAGCGGCCCAGGCCCAACACCUUCAUCAUCCGCUGCCUGCAGUGGACCACAGUCAUUGAGCGCACGUUCCACGUGGAGACACCUGAGGAGCGGGAGGAGUGGACCACUGCCAUCCAGACAGUGGCCGAUGGUCUCAAGAGGCAGGAGGAGGAGCUGAUGGAGUUCCAGUCAGGCUCGCCCAGCGACAACUCGGGGGCUGAGGAGAUGGAGGUGUCUCUGGCCAAGCCCAAGCACCGUGUGACCAUGAACGAGUUUGAGUAUCUGAAGCUGCUGGGCAAGGGCACCUUCGGGAAGGUGAUCCUGGUGAAGGAGAAGGCCACUGGCCGCUACUAUGCCAUGAAGAUCCUCAAGAAGGAGGUCAUCGUGGCCAAGGACGAGGUGGCCCACACACUCACUGAGAACCGUGUUCUGCAGAACUCCAGGCACCCCUUCCUCACGGCCCUGAAGUACUCCUUCCAGACUCAUGACCGCCUCUGCUUCGUCAUGGAGUACGCCAAUGGUGGUGAGCUCUUCUUCCACCUGUCCCGAGAGCGUGUGUUCUCGGAGGACCGGGCCCGCUUCUACGGUGCGGAGAUUGUGUCGGCUCUGGACUACCUGCACUCGGAGAAGAACGUGGUGUACCGGGACCUCAAGCUGGAGAACCUCAUGCUGGACAAGGACGGGCACAUCAAGAUUACAGAUUUUGGGCUCUGCAAGGAGGGCAUCAAGGACGGUGCCACCAUGAAGACCUUCUGCGGGACGCCCGAGUACCUGGCCCCUGAGGUGCUGGAGGACAACGACUAUGGCCGUGCGGUGGACUGGUGGGGGCUGGGUGUGGUCAUGUAUGAGAUGAUGUGCGGCCGCCUGCCCUUCUACAACCAGGACCACGAGAAGCUGUUCGAGCUCAUCCUCAUGGAGGAGAUCAGAUUCCCACGCACUCUGGGCCCCGAGGCCAAGUCCCUGCUCUCAGGGCUGCUCAAGAAGGACCCCAAGCAGAGGCUUGGUGGGGGCUCCGAGGACGCCAAGGAGAUCAUGCAGCACCGCUUCUUCGCCAGCAUUGUGUGGCAAGACGUGUAUGAGAAGAAGCUCAGCCCGCCCUUCAAGCCACAGGUCACCUCAGAGACUGAUACCAGGUAUUUUGACGAAGAGUUCACAGCCCAGAUGAUCACCAUCACCCCACCUGACCAAGAUGACAACAUGGAGUGUGUGGACAGUGAACGGAGGCCACACUUCCCACAGUUCUCCUACUCGGCCAGCGGUACAGCCUGAGGGGCCCAGGCAGGGGCACGGCAGCCAUGUCCGCAUGAGGGCCUGGACGCCUCCAUCAGAUCACCUGCAUCGGAUGGCUGAUUUCUCAGAUGCACUGGGAGGAGCGACGCCAGCCCCCCACAUGGGAAGAUGCUGCUGCUGUGAUGAUGGCCUGCCGCCUGGCCAGGUCAAGAGAAAAACUGUCCUGCGGUUUCUCUUAAUUUAUUUCAUCCAACCUGUUCUCCAGACGUGGCCUUGGCCCUCAGAACAAUUACUCACGUAGGACACCUUAAGGACCUCUGCAGCCCCUGUGGUGUGGGCUGAGGGUCUGGGCAGGGCCUGCACUAACCCAUUGUGGCUGUGCCUCUGGCUGCCCCCACCUGGGGUGCGGGGCCUCUCCCGGCCUAUGCACCAGAAGCAGCUUCAUGGGGACAUACUGGCUGGUGCCGUCCCCUCUGGGUGGGGUAUGAGGCAGCCCCUGCACUCGGGCCCUUCAGACACGCUGGGCUGGGCCGGGCCGGGCCAGGCCGGGGCUCGCCUGCAGGACAGAGCCUUGUACCUUGCCACUCCCAGGCUUUGGGAGUGAAAUUUCAGUGACAGGAAAGCCUCUCCCACUGUGUCUGAGGGCCAUCCCUGCCCCCUGCACCCUGGAUGAUUUCUGUCUCCACACUCGUCCUCUCCCCGCUUCACCUCUGACCUCCCCGUUCUGGCCAGACUUGGCCGCUGCUGCACCAUGCCGUUUUUUACAACAUUCAAUUUCAGCAUUUUUACUAUUAUAAUAUGAAACUUUCCCUCCAAAUCUUCAAUAAAAAUUGCUUUUCAA